AUGUCUGCUGCUGACGUGCACAGCAUUUUGUACAGAGGGGAAGAUCCUCUGAAGAAGAAAUUUGUCCCCAAAAAUGAACAGAAGACCCACGUGCCCAGGCACUGGCCCGGCAAGCUGCGAGCAGCAGUGCUGGAGCGGCGCAGGAGGGAGGAGCGGCUGCUGCAGCAGCAGCAGCAGCAGCAGCAAGAAGAAAGUGAAGAAAGCGAAGAGUCCGAAUUCUCAGAUGUCUCCGAAGACCAGCCCGAAGAGACAAACGUCGUGCUGCACAAGCCUGCCUUCGUGCCGAAGGCGAGCCGGCUGACAGUCAUGGAGCGGGAGGAGCAGCAGCGGCGGGUGCGGGAGGAGCAGCAGCAGCAGCAGCAGCAAGUGGAGCAGCGGAAGCUGGAGACGAAGCAAAUGGUUUACGCAGUCUUGGCCCGCGAAGACGAGGAAGCAGCAGACGCCCCCGUCAUUCCCGUGGAGGCGCAGCAGCAGCAGCAGCAGCAGCAGCAGCAGCAGAAGAACCUCAUGGGCUCGGAGGAAAUGCCGGAUGAUACUGACGGGCUCGACGCCGCCCAAGAGUAUGAAGACUGGAAGCUGCGAGAGCUCGAGCGGAUCCGGAGAGACAAGGAGGAGCAGCUGGAGAGAGAGAAAUUCCUGGAGGCGGUGGAGCGGCGGCGGCAGAUGACUGCGGAGGAGCGGCGGGAAGACGACAAAGAACUGGACAAGAUGCAGCCCAAGAGGGAAAUUCGACACAAGUACAACUUCAUGCAGAAGUACUACCACAGGGGUGCUUUCUUCCAAGACCUGGCGCGCAGCGGAGAAGAGCCUUUAUAUCUGCGGGACUUCAACGCCCCUGUUGGGGAAGACAAAGUGGACAAGAAGACUUUGCCGAAGAUCCUGCAGCUGCGGCGCGGCGAGCUGGCCCGCGGGGGCCGCAGCAAACACACCCACUUGGUGGAUGUGGACACUUCGGAUUUGUCUCAUCCUUGGGCCCAGGCCACGCGAGACUUGCAGGGACAGAAGCUGCUGAAGAAAGCAGCAGGAAUCAAAGGCGCCAACGACUUCGAACGGCCUUCGCUGCGGAAACCGAAGCAAGACAGUUGA